CGCGUUGGCUGGAGACGCUCCAAACAAAGACGCUUCCAUGGUAACCUACAACACUGUUUCCACUCAGCCAUUGAGUAGUGGAUGGGUAAAUAAAACAUUUCAAGGCUUUUAUCAUCAUGGCUUUACCGUUUCUGCCAGGAAACUCGCCCCAUGUUCAUAUAGGAAAGGAGAGAUUUCACAAAUCUCAGCAUUUCAACCUUUCCAGUGGACUUCCCAUGCUGGUGGGAUUGGAAAAGCCAGGUAUUGGUGGAGAGCCUUUAGUUGGCCAGAAGAUUAGGUCAAAGUAUUCUGUGUAUCCCAAAGGAGAGGGCAGUGAUCUACCAUCAUGGAUCGCUUUUGACAAACAGGCUCUUUGCUUUGAAGCUUACUUCCAGGAAACAGUACCUAUUUCAGAGCUUGAGACACACAGAAUCAGAAAGUGUAAGAUCUACUUCUACUUGGAGGAUGAUACAAUCCAGGUGGUGGAGCCAAAAUGGAAGAACAGCGGCAUUCCUCAAGGUACUCUUAUCCAUCGGCACCGCAUUCCUCUGCCUCCGCCCAACGAUGACCAGUUUUACAACAUUCUGCAUUUCAACAUCAACCAAGACAUGGUGUUAUACUCUCGCACGUUCACAGUGACCAACUGUGACUCGUUCACUAAGAACUUUCUCACAAAACUUGGUGUACGCCUGAAUGAGCCAGCCAUGAUGCCUGAUGACCCUUACAGCAAACACCGUCAGCAGCUUGAGGGGACCAUGAACCCUCUUCGUCCGUACGAAAGACGUGACACGCUCAAGCAGUUCCUUGACUACGACCACAAAAUCCUGCGCUUCUACUGCUUCUGGGACGACACAGAGAACAUGUUUGGGGACCCACGAGAGCUUAUACUUCACUAUUACCUGGCUGAUGACACCAUAGAGAUCUUCGAGGUGAUCCCACCAAACUCCGGAAGAGAACAUGUCCCCAAAUUCUUAUGCCGCAGCAAAGUACCUAAGCGUUCUCCAGUUCAAAUGAAGCUCCCGGGAGAGACCACAGACCGAACAGUUCUCAACAUGGUGGCCUCCAAGAAUCAGGGACAGUGCUUCGUACUGGACAGCCUGAAUACAGGAGCUGUCUGUGAGGAGUUUUAUAGGGACUCUGACCUGACUGUAGGCGGAGAAGUGAACAUUUGGGGAAGAAGAGUUGUCAUUACUGACUGUGAUCAAUUCACCAAAGAGUACUACCGCUCCAAAUAUGGCAUAGAGGAUUUCACUCCAGUCCAGUGCAAAGUUCCCCCGGCCCCCAAACCAUCGAACUCCAUGCCCCCCUACAAUGGCUUUGGCUCAGAGGAGGACUCGUUGAGCUCCUGCCAGGGCUUGUUUCCCAAACCGCCCCGGAAGGAUUUCCAAAAAUUCAUGGAGAAGGACAGAUGUGGCCUGAACAGUAACGUAUUGAAUUUCCACGCCAAGAUGAUGACCUCUGAUCCAGUUGACAAGGAGAGGAUGUUCAUUAUUUCCUUCUACCUCUCCGAUGACUCCAUGAGCAUGUUUGAAUGGCCGCAGAGGAACUCAGGUGUACUUGGAGGAAAGUUUCUGGCGCGCAGGCGGGUUAGGAAACCAGGCCAGAAGCUUUUUAAGAGCGAGCCGUUUGAAUACUUUACAGCCCAGGAUCUGUAUGUUGGAGCCUCUGUCUGCGUGAAUGGCAUAAACUUCCAGCUUCUGGAUGCCGACGAUUACACACUCAGCUACAUGGAACAGCAUGCAGAGGAGUUUCCCAGAGCUAACACAGGCAACAUCCUCAGCAAACUGCGUUCAAUUCCAGAGGGCAAACAGAGUGAGAUCAGGAAGUUUCUGUCCCUCAGUGACCCCACCAACACUGGCUUCAUCCCCUAUGAGUCCUUCAGAGGCUUAAUGAUGGGCCUGGACUGCGGCCUGUCUGAGCAUGAGGUUCUGGUUCUGGCCAGGUGUUUCUCAGAGUGCAAGCAGCCUGAAGUGGAUGUGGGGUUCAUGCUGGCUGUGGCGCAGGACUUCCUAAGGAAGAAGCAUUUUGAGGACUUCCCUCACCUUGCAGGCAUAUUCAUGUACCACGACAGGCAAAAAGUGGGCCGUCUCUCCACCAAAGAGGUGAGGACCAUUUGUAAAGCCUUCAAUCUUCCCCUCCCUGAGAGCCUGCGAGAAGGCCUCCUCAACAAAUUUGCAGAUGGAGAUGGGAUCGACUACCAUGCCUUUGUUGCUGGAAUAAACUGGUUAGAGCACCCAGUGUCACCAGUAAAUCCUGAGGACAUGUUGAAGUUUAUGGUGAACGGUAGGUUUGAUGCUGGUGGAUCCACUCUGAAAAAUAUCAACUACUCCAACCUUCUGAAGGAUAUAUUCAGCUUUCCGUCCAACAACAGUGACCCAGCAACUGCUUCCUCAACGUAGACGGAAGGAAGGGACUCUACUCACAGACCAACAGCUUUGCAUCAGAAAUACACAGUCAUUUGUUGCUCAAUUAAAUAAUUUGUUCAGAA